AAUCGGUGUCAGGAACGAGUCAUAUCGCUGUCGUCUUCAACUGGAACUGGGAAAGACAGACAAGUCUCGCAGAAUCUCGUUGACCUGAGUUGUUUGGCGAGACGGUCAGGUGAUCAAGGUAAUCUAAAGCGAUAAUCCAUCAUUGUUGUGGUUGUCCAUUCUAUAAAUAGUGCGCGGGGUUCACACCGCCUAACUACAUGUGUAAGUCAUUGUGUGUCGAUCUACACGACGUAACAUUCUUUAUCUAUUGAUUCCGUGCAUGCGAAGACCGGGAGCUGAAUUUUGAAAUCCUUUCUAUAGUGCGUGUAGGCCGAAACCCAACACCACGGCCAUGCCAGCACAGGGAUAUUUCGUGGAUCCGGAAAGACGUAAGGACAGUAACUACUGAAAGGAGACCACUAUUAAGAAGACAAGAGCGGGUUAUAGGGUGGUGAUCAGAAAGUAGCAGGAAUGGUCCAGCGACGGCGACUGAAGAGAUACUUACGGAACUUGCUGCUGUUUGUGGUAGUUGCAUCAGCGGUCGUCUAUUUCAACAUUCAGUACAACUGGCCCGUGUUUCACGUUUUCCGGAACAAAAACAUCCUUGCACCCUGUAUUAUACCUAAAUAUGACCUGGAGGAUCCACAACUCGACCGGUUCUUCUGGAGUCAGGUUCCAUUAAAAUGUGACACAUGGGAAAACCUUGUGUUCAUCGAUUCCGCGGGAAUCCUUCACAUCAACGAAACCGCCAUAAGACGCGGUGGACACGAUCAUGUGACCUGUAAGUACGGGAAAAUUCAGCUGCACGGUGAUUACAAAGUAACCAUUGCAGAUCUGACCGAAUUCAAACAGCCUGAAUACAUAGACACAGACUUCGUGAAUGUGCAGUGUUUCAGUGAUGACCAGAAACAAAUAUACAAUAACCUUCAUAUGCAUGUUGAUAUCAAAAGUAUAAAGAAACAGAGAGAAAUUGCAACAGAGAGCAAAGAUCAACUAAGCGUGUACUUGUUUGGAAUUGACUCCAUGUCGAGGUUAAUUACCGAAAGGAAACUAAAAAAGACUAUGAGGUAUCUCCGCGAAGAACUGGAUGCGUACGUUCUGAAAGGAUACACAAAAGUCGCAGACAAUUCUUUCCCUAAUCUACUUCCGGUGUUCACAGGUUUAAAGGCAUACACUAAGGAAGUUCCUCCCGGAAUCGAUAACAUUCCAUUUAUUUGGAAGAACUUUUCCCGGAAAGGCUACAUCGAUCAUUUGUCGGAAGACCACCCUGGGCUCGCCUCAUUCCAAGGGUUCAACUCUCCUCCCGUCACGCAUUAUUUACGUCCCUUCUUCAUGGCUAUGGAGAAAAUCGUCAGUCCGCGAAGUGUCCUGAACAACGCCUAUAUGUUCGUUCAGCACCGAAACUUCCUACAAAACAACGUCUCACCCAUGUGUUUUGGAAAUCAGUUGAAACAUAAGUACGUUAUGGACUUCACGCGCCGUUUCGUGGAGACUUACGGCUCGCACUUAAAGUUCUCUUUCACUUGGAUCAAUGAAAUCACUCAUGACUUCAUCAAUAUUGUAGAACUUGCAGAUGAAGAAAUUCUAAAUUAUUUCAAGUGGUUGAAAGAUAGCAAGAGACUGGACAAUGCUGUGUUGAUAUUCUUCAGUGACCACGGCCCUCGAUACAGUGAAAUACAGAACACUGCGGUCGGAAGGAUCUCAAACCUUCUUCCCCUUUUUACCAUGGUGCUACCUGAUCAUAUAAAAUCUCGUUUCCCUCAUAUACAUCGGAACCUUAAGAAAAACAUCGAGAGACUAUCAACUCAUUAUGACUUCUUUGAAACAAUGAAAGACAUUUUGAACUCAGAUUUCGCGGAAAAACCCCCCAUUGAUAGCACUGCCAUUCCAAGAGGAAUAAGUUUAUUUCAAGAAAUCCCAUCCUCUCGGAGUUGUAAAACAGCUGACAUUUCGGAGCAUUAUUGUCCCUGUUACUCAUCUAAGCAGCUCUCUCCGAAUGACGAAAGAGUUCGCGCCAUUUCACUCUUUAUAGUUGACAGAAUUAAUGCCAUUCUGGGGGAGAUUCCCGGCAGGUGCGCAAAGCUUUCACUAGACUCCGUGGAACAGGCCUCUUUUGUGUAUGCUGAUAUGGAGAGAGACCAAAAUGCGGAGAGUUACUUCUCGUUUAGAAGUUAUCUGUGGAAAAUCGAGGAGAAGACCCGACUCCUUGUGAGCCUUAAGACUUCCCCCGGGGGUGCUCAGUUUGAGACAACUGUUGAAUACCGUGGUAAAAGAAACAUCAAACUUCUUGGUGAUAUAAAUAGAACGAACAAGUAUGGAGAUCAGGCCAAAUGUAUCAAAUUUGAAGAAAAGUUUUAUAGAUUAUACUGUCUAUGUCUCUAGCUCUUUGUGUAUUAGGAUUAAAAAAUGUAAAUCUU